UGUCGUGCCAAUAAAUAUUCUGCAACAGGAACACUGUAUGUCUCUUAAAACACUAAUUAGCUGUUUAAGUAAACAACAGUGUAGGAAGUGGUGCCAAAGUUUAUGCACAGAAUCUGAUAAGCCUUUAUAGAGGGCUUUCCAUGUGGCUGCAUUUUAUGAUCCAUACACCGGGGUGGAGUAGGCUGUGGUAUUUAUUUAAAACAAAGAUAGAUAGAUACAUUUUUGUAUAUAAGAGCUCGUCUUUCUCCUGUUCAGCACCUCUACACAGGACGACUGAAGCUUCAAGCUGACACUGAGUGAGAAGACAGAAGACAAGAUCAUCCUGCAGCAGAUAAUCAUCAUCUUUACCAUCUGCACUAUCUACACCAUGAAGAUGCUGGCUGUGUCUCUACUGGUUUGUGUCAUGAUGGCACUGACCACAGCUGUUGAUCUUCCAGAAGCAGACCCUGAAAAGAGUGACAAAGUCAGGAUAUCAACAGUUUGUCCCAGUGGUUGGACUGGUUUCAGCGGUCGCUGUUUCCUCUAUGUUCAAACACCCUUGUCUUGGGCUGAUGCUGAGAAAAAUUGUCUGUCCCGUGGUGGAAACCUUGCAUCAGUGCACAACAUUGAUGAGUAUCAUAUCAUUCAAAGUAUGAUACUGAGAAUAACUCACACGUAUCCAGUCGCAUGGCUCGGAGGCUCUGAUGCAGAACAGCAAGGUACUUGGCUCUGGAGUGAUGGUUCACCUUUCAGCUUUUCAUACUGGGCUCCAGGGAUGCCUGACCAUUAUGGAUCAGCAUACUGUUUGAUGAUGAACUAUGGAGAUUAUAAGAGAUUUGACGACGAUGCUUGCUAUCACAGAUAUCCGUCUGUCUGUGCCAGAAACGAAUGAGAUCUCUUUGGAUGAUGCAGAAAAAUGCAAUACCUGUCACAACCAGAGGACCUGGGUGGAUGUGUGAUGGUGUGUUUGCAUACUUAACUAUCUUUGUCUCCUAAUCACAUGUAUACUCCUGCAUGUAGUAAUCCAUACUUCUUUCCUAUUGCUGUAACACUACUCAAGGAACAAGUUUGUGCUUUUAGUACAAACUGAUUCCAGAGAGUGAACCGGUGUUUCUUGUACUCUGCUCAAUUAAAAGGCUUAAGCAUUGAAGCACGUUAGUCUGUGUGUUUUAUGAAUCCUGUUACACAAGCACAAACAUUUAUACACUCAUUAAACUACACCACAGAAAAAGUUUAUUGACCUGUAAAUCUUUAUGUAUGAUUUGUCUAAGAUAGCAUGAAACAAUACUUACAGUAACUUUAAA